CUACAGUAUAUUAAUUUGGGAAAACUUGAAAAAAAAAAUUAGUCCAAAAGUUAAUUUGUAUGAGAGGACUUUUAUAUUAGAGGCCCAAUAACAUUAGACAAAGGCCCAAAAGUUUAUUUGUACUCCGUAUCUUGUAAUUAUUAAUCAUAUCGUAGUAAUCAAAUCUAGGGUUUCUGCACAUCAUUACACGCCUCUUUUCCAAUAACAAAAAAAUAAGAGAAAAUAAAAAAGCAGCAGCCAACAAUCCAAUCCUGCCCUAGUCAGAAACCCAAACCCACCCACCCUAGAAACAUGCGAUUCACAGAUUCACCAGUAAUAGAGCUGACAGUGAACAACUCAAAACUCUCAUUUCAUCAGGACAACAACUCGAUGCAUGUCGGAACCACCGUCUGGCCAUGUUCCCUCGUCGUCGUCAAGUUCAUCGAACGUUGGCUCAACACCACUUCCACCACCACCCAAAAUCCGUAUUCCGGCAUCCUUUUGGACCUCCCAAACAAACGAGCCAUUGAACUCGGAACAGGAUGCGGCGUGGCCGCAAUGGGACUAUAUCUUUUAGGACUCAAAGACAUCAUCCUGACUGACAUCCCACCCGUUAUGCCUGCCCUUAAACAUAACUUAAAACGUAACAAAACUGUUUUAGGCAAGAUGUUAAAAACCAAACAAGUUAAUUGGAAUAACAAUGAUCAGAUUAGUUCCUUGAAUCCGCCUUUUGGUAUCGUUGUUGCUGCUGAUGUUGUUUAUAUUGAGGAGUCUGUUGGUCCGUUGGUCAACGCUAUGCUGGCGUUGGUUAGUGAUGACGGGUAUGUUUUGUUGGGGUAUCAGGUUCGGUCGCCUGAAGCUGAUGUUUUGUUUUGGGAGAUUUGUGAUAGGGUUUUUGAUGUUCAGAAGGUGCCACAUGAACAUCUUCAUCCGGAUUAUGCUUUUGAGGAGGCGGAUGUUUUUAUUUUUAGAAAGAAAAGAAAUAACUUGUCGGGUGGUGUGGAGGAUGUUCCAACCCCUUCUGUUUAGGGGUUUUGUUUGUGUACUUCGAUGCUAUGUAAUACGAUUUUAUUUGUGACUGAUAAAAUAUACCAGCGGUUGUGUUUUAA